UGUCCUACGCUGCACAUCAACAGAUGAAUCAGAUGAACAACAUGAUGUUGAAUGUUGGUACAACUCGCGAUCAACAACCUCAACCUUCCUCAUCUGUCGAACAAAAUCCAAGACGGAUGUUCCUAGGGUCUUCGCAACCGUGGCUUUCCGGUGAAGAUCUUGUGGUUGGGCAGAGAAGACCUAUGUAUGGACUCCUUGGUGCGAAUCCAGCUGGUGCUUCUGCCGCUGCUUACGGUGUGCUCAGAAACAGGAUGAUGAGGGAGAACAAUGACCGAGAGCGAUUGCCGCAUACUUCUUCACGUGCCAGUACUACAGGAACCGAGUCUGGAUCUGCAAGUACUGAAGAUGGGAGAGCAACCACGGCAAGAACACCAACUUCCGGUCGCCCUGCAGCAGGCGCUUCUUCCCUCGCUCCAUCCAUCUUCAGCAGCGAUAGUUACAACAGCCCUGUAACUUUAUUAAGCGGGGCGGGUGCUCGCGGCCCCGAAGGCUUUGCAGAAGCGUUCCCCGCACUGGCCGCGUCCGAAGAAUGGGAGGCAGCGUUGGCUAUAGGAGAUAGCACAGGAAUCAUACGUCAGAUUGGCGGAGGAGAGGUUAACGUUAACGUGGAGAAUGCUGAUGACCAACGAAGACGCUUCCCUCCUGCAGCCCAGCUGCAGAAUGACGAACAGGAACGACAAGGUCAUGGAUCACAACCAGAGACGCGUCGCAGGCGCGCUCGAAGACAAGUGGCUGCUAUUUUUGGCAUUGAUAUUGACGUCGACGAUGAUGAGCGGCCAGCGAGACAGCCUGCCAUAUUUGAUAGAGGGCUAGACCAUAUCCUUGCGCCAGCUGUGGUAGAGAUUCCGCCUAUGCAAGACAAUAACGUCGAUCGAGAGAGACAAAGAGGCAGAAGAGAAGAACAAGCAGGACAGGCAAAUGCAAAUCGAAAUGGAAAUCCAAGUACCUCCAGUUAUAUCUGUUGUGAAACAUCCAAGCACCUCUGUGUCACUGGUUGUGGCGCUUGUGAGGACACUCCUACACCGACAGGACGGUUUGCUUUUGGUGCGGCUCUUUGUGCUCUGGAUGUUUGCUGUUGUGCUUUGACUGGAGUGACGAUUCCUGAAGUCUCUCUCUACGGCAUGACUGGACCUGUGCCUGCCUCGUUGUCGAUCCCUGGCUUCGUACAUGCUCUCAAGAUGAGUGGGAACACCCUGUACAACUGCUGUCUACUGGGGGACUCCUGUUGUGUUUAUGGCUAGUCUUCGUGUCCUCGGAAAUGCACUAGGUGGACCUAGACCUAUAUAUAAAACCUGCGGUUGUAGUAAACACUCUAAUCCUGCGUCACGCGCUGUGUCUCCUGGGCUCACCUCAAAGAGCAGGAUGAUCGCGGGCGGCACAUAGUGCGCGACCCUGUAUUGACGGAGUUUUACCUCGCAGAGCCCAAUAUCGUACGGCAGAACCCUGAGUGGGCUCGCGUGGAGAGGCAAAGGCUGACACAGUUCCACGAACGUAUGCGGAGACGACGCGCAGCAGCAGAACGUGGUAUGCUCUCAGGGUGGGGAAGAAAUAAUGGCGAAAAUGGGAAUGCGGAGACCGCUGCAAGAACUACUGAAGGUGGAAAUAGAGAAGCUGGCGCAACACAAGCACCUCAACAGCAGCAAAUGAUGUUGAACAACGUAGGUACAACUUCUGGGCCUGUCGAACAUGUUGAAGGUAGAAGUCCUCAACAGCGAAUAAGUGAACCUGCACGAGAACAGCAACAACGAGCAAAUGCAUUGACUCGUCUGCGUGGGUGGAUAACACAAUGUCGAUUCGCUGAAAACGCACGUCAAUGUUGGAACCAUGAUGAUAACGAGCAUUGGCGUGACGUCUCCGCCAACUGUGUAGACAUGACCUGUAAGCCUGCGCGGCUGAUGCUCGCGCCGGACCCGGUAGUUAAGGUCCUAGUAGUAUUUUUACUCCUGCUAAGGGUCACAUAAUUUAUUUCUCGCAGCUGAAAGUAAAUGACAGGACUGUUCCUGAAGCUAAAACUGAGCCUGACAGAGUCAAACCCAGUUAACCCUUAACGACCUCAGACGACCUCUCAAAUCCUCCAAUUAUUACAAAACCAUUAAGAAACUCAACCGGACGUAACAUCUUCGACAACCAAAAACAUGUGACAAGCACUGACAAGACAAGUGGGCCACACGGGAGACGCGAACGCUGGCGCCGGGGACUACCCCGACUGAUCGGAGUCUAGACUCCAGCCCGACCAAAGGGCGGGACAGACCCUGGCGCCAACUGGGAGGCGCGGACUUCGAGAGGCCUCUAAAAAAAACCACGCAGCUUAGACGCUACGCUUGCAGACAAGACGCCUGACAUAAAGUUUAACUUUAGAAUUUAAGAAUUUUGAACUUCGUCCAACUCCGACAACAGUAUGCCUAUGGGUGGUACAAUAAACAUUAACUCUCACCUUCAGAUUUUUAUAUUUUGAACGUUUGGAACCAAAACAUAAGACGCGGUCAACAACUUAACUUACGACUUUUAUAUUUUUUUUUGACCUUCGAAACUUAAAACUUUGACGCUUUGAAACCUUGAUACUUUGUGACUUUGAUAUUUCUAGCCCUUGAGGCUUUAAGAUUUUCUUUUUUUUAGACUUUGGGACCUCUACGGCUUUAAGACUUUGAGACUCUGAGACUUUGAGAUUUUUAAACUUUGAGACUUUGAGACUUUGAGACUUUGAGACUUUGAGACCUUGAGACUUUGAGACUUUGAGACUUUAAGACUUUGAGACUUUGAGACCUUGAGACCUUGAGACUUUGGGACUUUCAGACUUCUCCCAGACUCUUCCCAGACAUGGAAGCUCAUCACAUCAGACCAAACACGACAACGCCCAAGCAUCGCAAAAGGGGGGGUUGCUAAGCCCCUGCACCAAAAGGAACUUUAAUCAAACCACCUUAGCGCUUAUUUUCAUACUUCAACGCUUACCGUGGUAUUCUUGUGAUGCAUGCUGCCCUUUAAGACUACUCACUAAUAAACGAACGAAUGACUUAAAUAAACGAUCGGCCUCGAAGUAGCGACGACCUUUACUUUCACGAAUUCCUUUUUUUUCCUUCUUUCUCUCGCUCUUGUUUGACGAUGUACUUCUUCGAACGAGAGACGUUACGGUGGACACUUAUUUUCAAUGUUUAAAGAUUUCACAUUUUCAAAACUUCUUUCUUUCUUGGCUGCUGCUUUGUACAUGUCGCCGCAGCCUAUUCUUUUCAGUCAUCUCCUUCCACCUGGAGAAAUAAACUACGCAGUAAUAGCAGGCUCUUCCUGCAUUAAUUUAAAUUUUAUGGAUAUGGACGAGUCGGUGUCGGAGUACGUGCACCAUGGAGUAGAUCGAUGAAAGAAAGCCGAAAGCUCUAAUCUCCAUACUCACUUGAAUCUUCUUCAAGCUUAUCGGCAGCGACGAGCACAGUUGCUGGGAGAAGAGGAUGCUAGUACUAGGAAUGGUCGAGGACAAGAAAGGACUGCAGGUUCUGGCGGAAGAGAGCAAGAACGCCCUCCAACUCGACGUGGCAUGACGGGUGUGAGUGAUUUUUACGGAACAUUUUUGCCAAGCCCAAGUAACAGAUCGAAAUCCUUGUUAUAAACUCGUCAGUACCUUCUGCAUGUACAUUCCUUAUCUCGUCGUCAUUUCUUCAUUUCUAACCGCCCCGUUCACAUGUCGGCAGACCCUUACUAGACACAGGACUUGGAGAACCGGUGGAAAUGCGCACCAAUGAAAGAGAUGAUGAGAUCCGUCUAGUUCGUGACUCAACUCUUGGACUCAAUAUUGAACGACCACGACGUGAGCCUUCUCCUACGACUACACGCGCACCUCGACAAGAAGUGAUGGCGACUGCGUCUAGGACUGCACCAAGAGAGUCUUCCCGAUCUACAUCCGCACGCGAUAUGGAGAUCGAUGACGUAGAAGCUCAACAUGCUGAAAAUACUACGACUUCAGACCAUUUGAUGCCCAUGCCUCCAAUAUUAAAUUCUACGUUUCUUCCUCGAGAAGAAGAACAAGAUUCAGCUAGCACGAGAGAAGACAACGAAAUAAACACACUGCGAAAUAUGCUUCUUCCUGCUUACCAGAUAAGUCCUGGAGAUGCUACAGCGAGGGCAAGUAGAUUCCUACUGAGUGGACGCUUUUCCACUAAUGAUACGACUUCCACGUCCGGAAACGCAAAUGGCACAAGCGGGACAUCUCCUCCUCCGGUUGCUUUCGAGGACACAACUGCCUUUACUGCUUCUAGAAACUACCAGGUAGAAGCAACUCGGAGUUUGAACGGAAUCACAAGAGCAACGCCGGCUGUUUACUCCUAUACGGGAAGUGUCAUCGAUGAGGAGGAACGCGAACAAGAGGCGAUGAACAUAAGACAAGAUCUUGAGCAACAUGCUGAGAAUACAACAGAUCAGGUAUUCAUCUCUGGAGACGGGAACAAUCGUCUCAGGACCACUAUGGUGCCGAGACGUGUUGCACCCUAUUCUAUCUUCUUGAGUACUACUAUCUCAGUGUAUCCUGCUUCCUCGGAUGAGGAACAAAAUUUUCGAAGAAGCGGACCGGCUUUUUCGUCUCAAACUCGAAGCAGAGGACGCCAACCUCCAAGCCGCUUACUUGACGACGUACGAGAGCAGGAAGACGAGACCGAUGGAGGUACUUUGAUGUUGCCGGAAGAACAAGAAGAGCGAGAUCUCUAUAAUCAUGCAGAUGAUGUCGACAUGACAGGUGUGCCUUCUCCUACGAACAGGGACAGGGUAGAGGUGGACACACCAGCUGGAGCGAGUGCUUCAUCUUCGCUAUCAUCUUCCUCUUCGUCGAUAGCUUCUUCUCAAGCUCCUACUUCUAUUCAGCAGAUGUCUAUUGUGGAAGAACAUCAUGCGAUUGCGAACGCGACGUGGUCUCCUGAAGCCAGUACAGGUAGUAACAAUGGCGCAAGAGGAGGUUUCUUUCAUGUCCCACCACCUCCGCCACCCGGAACAGGAGAACAGGACAACAUGAUGCCAACAGUCUCCCAACUUCUGCUCCAUUUGUUUCAAGAUACUUCCAUGUCUAUGAUUCAAAUCCUAGAGGAGACUGAUGUUGGACAGUUUUUGAGGGACAAGAUACCACUCACCCGCUGGUGUGAACCGCAGAUGAUGAACUCUCUACAGGAUCUGCGAGCGGCAGUGCUUUAUGACGACGUGAAGGACGAGGAGGAGACCGAGACGGAGAAGGUGAAGGAACGCGAAGGAGUACAGGUGUUGGAUGAACAUGAGUAUGAAGAGGAGGAGUGUGUCGACUGAAAAUGUCCCUUUCGAUAGCCACAAUAUUUUCAAAAGCUAGUUACUUCUUCAGAAUCUUGACAACAUAAAAAAGCAUGAGCAUAACUCGAGAACAUCUAUUCGAUAGUUGCAGAUCAGUACAACCUGUGACCUUCGCCUGCUGCAGUCUGCUACAAUUACACACGACACGGACUUGAAUUUGCCUUAGAUGCACAUCGACAUCACAGCCAUGAAGAAGAUUUAUAUGAAGAUUACAACAGAAUACUGCUCUUACGGCACUCACUCAUGCAGCAUGAACUUUUACAUGAUGAUGAUUAUAAGAAUAAGUCCAUUCACAUUCUGAUUCUGAUAAUUUUGAAAAUAGAGCCUUCCACUCUAUCAUGCACUCUUAGUUUUUUAAAUUCUUUCUGAAUGUGUAGUUGUAGCGACUCGCAUCCAUAUCUAUUGAGCAAUCUGCAUUUGAUCAUUCUUGAAAACUUUCAGCUUCAAAGGAGGCUCCAAGCUGCUAUAUCUGUUUCUUUCUUAAACCACUAUCACUAUGUGUAGUCUGUGUCUGCGACAAGCAAAUUACAUUUUUGUAUCCUUCUUGCGCAACGCCAAAAAAGCCAUUAUUUCUUAUCUUUGUGAGCGACAAAGCAUGAAGGCUC